AUGUCCGAGAUCAGACAACGCUACCUCAAGUCACGCUCUCUGUCCAUCAUCGGCUGUCCAUUCAGCGGUGGGCAAGGGCGUCGAGGCGUAGACACCGGGCCCAACAGUCUGAUCGAUGCAGGUCUCAUCUCUCAGCUUCAAGAAUUGUCCUGGGACGUCUCUUUUGAAGGGCACCAGCAGUUUGAGGACAUCAACAGUAUUCUCGAAAGCGGAGAGGACAAGGAUAUCGGGACUAUGAAGAACCCUAGGAGCGUCAGCGAGGUCAACAAGCGCGUCAGUCAAGUGGUUGGCAAGCACGCCAAGGAGGGCAGGCUGCCUCUCACCCUUGGUGGUGACCACAGUCUUGUGAGUGGAUGCGAUUGAAUUCGGGAGCGCUAGCAUGUAUUUAAGCCCAUGCGCUGCCAAUUUGCGGUAAACUGAAAGCCUGUAUGUUGAUCACGCUCGACGUCUUCACCCUGCAGGCUCUGGGUACGGUGACCGGCUCGCUCUCGGCGCACCCUAAUGCAGCCCUGAUCUGGAUAGAUGCGCACGCAGAUAUCAACACACCCGACACAACGCCUUCUGGCAACCUUCACGGCUGCCCAGUCUCCUUCCUGCUCGGACUAAAGGGCACAGACGUGGAGCCCUUUAGUAGCUGGGUGCCCAAGGAGCCGGUGCUCAAAGCCGACAGUCUGGUAUACAUCGGACUCAGAGAUAUCGACAGCGGCGAGAGGAAGAUCCUGAAGGAGAACGGGAUCAAGUGUUUCAGCAUGCACGAGGUAGACAGGUACGGUAUCGGAAAGGUGAGUGAAAAGGGCUAGCGUGAUGCUGCUGGAGCAAGGCGCUGUAGUCGAGCUGCGUUGAAUUGGGCUUCAGGGUGCGCGGCUGCUGAGCAUUGUCUGGCUCUCUGCUGACACACUCUACGCACCUGUCUGAGCAGGUCGUUGAAAUGGCGCUGGACCACGUCAAUGGCGGUUCAUCACGCGAGAGGCCCAUCCACCUGAGUUUCGACGUGGACGCUUUGGAUCCGUCUGUUGCGCCCAGUACCGGUACCCCUGUGAGUUCUUGUUCCCGCUUGGCAUACUCCAGGCACGGAAUCAGACUGUCGUGCCUUGCUAAGCACUGGCGCUCGGGUCCUUGGCCUUUCUUUGCCUUUGCCGGUGGCAUGCAGGUGCGAGGAGGCUUGACAUUCCGUGAAGGGCAUUACAUUUGCGAAGCACUCUACGAGACCGGCUCGCUCGUAGCAAUGGACUGUGAGUCUCGCUUAGCACACGCUUGUGCUCGUGCGAUACCUAUCCUGAGGCUUCUUGCUGGCUAGCUUUGCUUACGCCUUGGGCCUUGCUCACUUGCAGUAAUGGAAGUUAACCCAACGCUCAUGGCGGAUCACGCAAAACAGACGAUCGCGAUCGGCUGCAGCCUCAUCCGAAGCGCUCUUGGAGAGACACUAUUGUAG